AUGAGCACUACAAAGCCAUCCGAAGGGCCCAACAUCCACUCAGCCCUCGCAGCACUCUUGCAUUGUGAUCUGCGUCCCGACAUUCCCAGCCUGUCUCUCCCAGCUCCUGCCUACCCCAACUGGUUGCUGGUCCAAGUCAAACACAAGGAACCGCCGAUCUCCCUGCAGACCCUACUUCAGAGCCAGAGUCUGAGGAGAGUGAAGAAAGAGUCUUGGAGUCUGAGUCUGCAGUUCUCAGUCAACACUGCCCUGGCCACUGUUGAGCUCCAGGUCCAGGUAGCACUAAGCCUGCUCAAUGGUGAUGCAUGCACCUGGGCCACCCCAAUCUUCGCCCAGCUCGCAUCCGUUACAGUUGGGGUGCAGGGGGUGGUGACACCCUUCACAACUCUCAAAGAUUUCCUCACAGUGUUCAAAGGCCAUUUCAGUAAUCUCGAUAAUGCCACAGCAGCACAGGUCGAGCUCACCAAGCUCUGUGGUGACAAAUCCCUGCAUGAGAAAUGCACUGCUGCGGAAUUCUCCACACUGCUCAAGGGUCCGGUGGACCAUUCUGGGUAUGGUGACCUGGAACUCCGCAACAAGUACCUGCACAGUAUCCUGUCCCAAGUCUACCAAAAGAUCGAGCUUGCAAUGUUCACUAUGUGGAAAGCUGCUGACAAGUGCGCCACAGAACGCAAGGAGGAUGUGGCGGAGCAUGUGGUGGUGCAUGCUGAUCACAAGGUGCUUCAGCCAGCAUCAAUGCGGCUGUCAGAAAAGGAGACUUUCCCAGCAGUUGCUUCAGCUGCGGGAAGCAAGGGUAUCAUUGUUUUGAGUUCCACCCAGGCCGCAACAAGCACCCCUGUCAUGACAUCACCCUCGGCAAGUAUAAGUGCUGCUUCAGCGAACACCAAGCUGGCGGCCUUGAUGGUACAGGUGAAGUCGAUGCAUGAGGAGUUGGAGCACUAUUGGGCAAUGAAGGAGGAGUCUUUUUGA